CAGGUAGAGCGAGAAAGCACACGGUGCCGGCGCGAAUACAACAGAUAGUGAUGGCAGUGCCUGGGAGUCCCGUGGAGACCCUGGACAGCGUCCCACCUCAUGUGUGGAAAGGGCUUCCAGAGGAAAUGAGGCUGAAGCAGUCAGCUAUCAAUCAAAAUCGCAUUGGUGUCUGGGCUACCAGACUCAUCCCCAAGGGCAAAAGGUUUGGCCCAUUUGUAGGGGAGAGAAAGAAGAGGUCCCAGGUCACCAGCAAUGUGUACAUGUGGGAGGUUUAUUUCCCUGCUUGGGGAUGGAUGUGUGUGGAUGCCACUGAUCCUGCGAAGGGGAACUGGCUACGGUAUGUGAACUGGGCCCGCUCCACGCAAGAGCAAAACCUUUUCCCUUUGGAAAUCAACAGAGCCAUUUAUUACAAAGUGCUGAAGCCAAUCGAACCGGGCGAAGAGCUGCUGGUUUGGUACAAUGGGGAAGACAACCCCGAGAUAGCAGCUGCAAUAGAGGAAGAGCGAGCCAGCAGUUUGGGCAGGAAAAACUCGCCCAGAGCCAAAAGAGCACGAAGGAAGCUAUUGGAGAGGGCAAGAGCCAGACAGGCCAAUUUGGGAGGAUUCCGAAAUCCAAAGCAGUCUAGUGGAAGCAAGACAGCUGAUGCAGAAAUGCGUGUUUCAGACAAUGGUCCCAAAGCAGAAGGUGAUGGACCUUCCUCCUCUUUAGAAUUAGUGGCAGAAGACAAGACUUUGUCUCAGGCACCCUCCCUGAAUUCCAGUGAGUAUUCUUCCGAAACCACCUCUGAGGCAGUUCAGGAAGAGCGGGACUCAGGAGAAAUGCAGCAGGAUCCACCUCUGGAGUCAAGCACAUCAUCCCCACUUGAUGUCAAGGUAUUGAAGACUGGUGAGCAGCUUGACAUGGAGUCCUGCUCACAGGUUCCUGAUGAGGAAGGUGUUGGAAUCUCUGAGAAGGAUGCAUUGUCUGUUUCUUCGCUGCCAAAAUCUGAGCUUGAUCCAGAUCCUGACCUUGAUGAUGGAGAUCGGGGGGAGUCUCACUUUUCUUGCCAGCAUUGUGAACGCCAUUUCACCACUAAGCAGGGCUUGGAACGUCACACACACAUUCAUGCCACUGCAAAUCACCAGACUCAUACUUUCAAAUGUCGGUAUUGCAACAAGCCUUUCGGCUCUCAGAUUGGCUGCCGAAGACAUGAGCGUAGGCAUGAAAAUGGGACAAAGAGAAGACAAGGUUCUCUUGAUUCAACUGGAACUCCUUCUUUGGUGACUGUCAGUUCAAGCCCAGACGUUAUGUGUUCUAGUCAUCUUAGGGUCAUGAAUUCACAGACCACGGGUGAGCCUCUAGAAGGUUGUGAAACAGAAAAACAAAGCAAAGAAAUGGAACGGGCCAUUCUUUUGGAUGAAAAUAAAGAAUCAAAAGAACUUCAUCCUUGCAAGUAUUGUAAGAAAACUUUUGGAACCCAUACCAACAUGCGGAGGCACCAGCGUAGAAUCCAUGAGCGGCACCUUCUGCCAAAGGUGGUCCGUAGGAAAGAUAUGUUGAUGCAGGAGGGACAGCCCCAUCAUCAUCAGCAGCAGCCUGCACUGCCACCUCAAGAAUCCCCUAGUGCUAGCCCACCUACAGUAUAUUUGCCCAGUGGUGAUGCAGAAGAUGAGGGGACUCCGGAGGACAUGAUUGACAUUUCUAAUAACAUCUCUGAAAAUCUCAGCUUGUACAUUGAUGGGAAGAUUUUGUCCACCAGUGCUGUCAGUACCUGUGAAGUAAUUGAGGUUGACUCCAGCUCUGCUUCAUUAUUUGGCCUUGAUGCCAUGAUUGUUAGCCCUGACAAGGUCACUCAUGCUGUCACAGUAGAAACCACAGCUUGCACAGUAAAGGAAAUUUCAAAUUCUGUUCAAAUGGCAACAAAAAGAAGAACCUCUACACCACCUCUCCUCCCGAAAAUUAAAACAAAGUCAGAAUCUAAUCCUGCCAUGUCUUCCACGGCUUCAUCUUCCUCCUCAUCGACUUCAUCUGUAGUGGGAGGCCUCUUUCCUCAAACAGAUACAUUUCCCUUUCAUAAGGAAAAAACUGUGUAUCUUUCACCAAAGCUGAAACAGCUCUUGCAGACUCAGGAUAGCCAGAAGUCCACAUUGACUUUGCCUCCAGAAAGUCACAGGUUGAUUUCUCCUACAAUGUCAGUUACGACACUACCAGCAGGUACGGGGAGGUUUAAAAGAAGAACGGCAUCACCACCAAAUUCCCCACAGCUCAGUCCUGUGCAAAAGAUUGAAAGCUCUCAGACAGAAGGUACAGCUAUGUUUGCAGUAAAAGUGCCAAAAUCGGAAAGCCUGUGCAGGUCCCCAGGUUGGAGUCUGUCAAACAAAGAUGACAGGGACAUUUUGAGUCCCCCAGGAGUGGAUGCAUUCAAAGCUUCUGCUCUGCACUGGCCAUCUGCAAGAAGUGGGGGCAGUUCCUGUAACCAGCAGCCUCUUGAUCUUUCUAGUGCUGUUGGUAAAAGAAAUGAUAGUCUGAAUAAGGGGCCUGGGGAAGCUGUACUGGACCUAAGCAUUCACCGGAAAAGCUCAGUUGAUUCUGAAGUAAAGGCAACGCAGCCGGUUGCUAAGAAGAGGAAGCCCAACACAAGCAUGCUGGAGAAAGUCCUGAUGAAUGAGUAUGCUGGUGUAGAGCCAGAUGAAGUUCCAGGUAUCCUUGGUAGCUCAAGACUUGUGUCCGCAGCAGACACACCAGGCAGGUCUUCAGAUAUAAAUUGCACUAAUCCGGAAGGGCUUCAGUCGGAAUCGACACUUCACCCUCCCCCACCCUCCUUAACCCCAGUGACUAUGAAUCCACCUUCUCCCCACACUCCAACCUUAGCAUCUCCAACCCCACCUCCCCCAGUUCUUCCCACUGUUCCUUCCCCUCUCCCUCUCUCUUCCUCACCCAACUUCCACCUUUCUAGCUCUUCAGCACUGUGUUCUCUACCGGUCCUGUCACCUAAAUCUUCUCCCAGGUCGAUUGAAUUUAAUCUGGAAGAUCCUUCACCAGUCUGUGAUUCAGAUAUUGGAAGGUUACAGUCUCAGCCAGAAGUGUUCAGUUUCCAUAAAGGAGAUGUAGAUAUUGUUGCCAGUUUCUUAAACCCAAAUAUACAUUCACAAGAUCAGGAAAAUACAGGUUUAAUUACCUCCUCAACAGAUUCCUCUGCAAUAUUUGAAACACUACAGUCUUCUGCUUUGGGUACCACAGUACCUAAAGAUGAUAAGGAUUCACCAAGCAAUUACUCUAAUGCACUAGUUAUAGGCACCUCAGAAACGGUUGAUCGUACUUUUGCUCCUGGGUAUGAUCUUACAGAAGCUUCAUCGAACCACACUGUCACUCUGUGUAAGGGGACAGAGUGUCUCAAGGAGUCUCUGUUCUCAUCUACGCCUCGUUCUCUUGACCCUCCUGUCCUUAAUGCCUCUUUGCCAGAAUCUCCACUGACUCCUUCAUCCCUCCCUGCUGUUACAUCAGAGUCUCCACCUAUGCUAGUUUUACCGCCCUCUCCCGUGUCUGCAGUUAUCAAAGAAGAACCUCAACUGAAAGACAAGCCAGUAGAGAUGUCUGUCCGUCCUGAUAGUGCAGUUUCUGGAAGGGCUUCUGAUGAAGAGUCAUGUGAUCUAGAGCCUUUUUGCAAGAAUUUUGUGUGUAACGUCUGCGAGAAGCUUUUUUGCUCCAUAAAAGAGCUGAGUCGUCAUAUCACAGAGCAUACGUUGGAGUGGCCGUUCAAGUGCGAGUUCUGCGUGCAGUUGUUUGGAAAUGCCACAGCUUUACUAGAACACCGUUCCAGCCUCCAUGGUGUUGGUAGAAUAUACAUUUGCUCUGUGUGCAAUAAGGAAUUUGCUUUCCUUUGUAACCUCCAACAGCAUCAGAAUGACUUGCACCCUGGCCAGGACUGCACACACACUGUGAUGGAAAAUGGAAAGUUGAGGCCUCAGAACUACAAUGAUCCAUCAAGGACAAGCAUGGAGUGCUCGCCUUCAACUACAGACUGUGAAACGUUCGCUGAGAGUGCUUCUCGGGUACAUGCUAAAAGUCAGAAAGGUGAAGAGGAAGAACUGGAAGACUCCUCUGAAGAACUGUACACUACAAUUAAAAUAAUGGCUUCUGAAGGAGGCAAGCCUAAAGAUCCAGAUGUGCGCCUUGGCAUUAACCAGCACUACCCCAGCUUCAAACCACCCCCCUUUCCAUACCACAAUCGCACUCCUGCUGGCUCUGUGACCUCUGCCACAAACUUCACCACACGCAACAUCCCGCAAACAUUUAGCACGGCCAUCCGCUGCACAAAGUGUGGCAAGAGCUUUGACAACAUGCCAGAGUUGCAUAAACACAUUCUAGCCUGUGCCAAUGCUAGUGACAAAAAGCGAUACACACCAAAAAAAAACCCCAUUCCGCUGAAGCAGAUUGCAAAACCCCAGAAUGGUACAGUUUCACCUCCAAUGACCAUCAGUACAGGACAGAAUGUGGCGCGUAGGACAGGACAGCCCAAGAGGCUCACCUUCUGCCAGGAGCAGUCGAGCAAGGUAAAGCUAAGUGUACUGAACAAAAAGAAGAACCAGCUUGUCCAGAAAGCCAUAUCCCAACGGAAUAAGUCUUCUGCUAUUAUGAAAAAAGAUGAGCAGCAGGAGAACCAUGUGUGCCCACACUGCAACCGGGAGUUCACGUAUCUAGGCAGCCUCAAUAAACACGUGACUGUAAGUUGUCCCAUGAAACCGGCUUCUAAGAAAGCAAAGAAGAGCAGGCCCGAAUCCAUUGUGGUCCAGGAUAAAAAUGCAAAUCUCCGGAGGAGAACUGCAGAUGCUGAAAUAAAGCAGCAAGCAUCAGAUACUGUACACAAGCCUUUGGGAAAAACGAGGGCUCGAAGUUCUGGGCCACCAGAUAUUUCCAGCUUGCCGUUAAAACCACUGCCUAGUAGAGGAAAAGUGGCUGCUUUGCAGGUACGACCAAAGAGACCAGCUGGUCUUCAACCUGCCUCAGUUGCUUUAGGCAAGAAGAGCAAAAGAGACAAUACCCUACAGCCUUCCCCUUCUCUUGUAUUUCCAAACAACUCUGCACAGCGUCCAAUCAUGAGGAUGCAGCGCGGGGGCAAAGAGGUGCCGCUGAGAAAAAUGGAAGAAGCGAAACCACAACAGCAACUCAAGAAAGAGGAGCGUUUUUCUACAAAGAUGAGGGAGAGGGUGGGUGGGCCAGUCACACGUAGUCUUCAGUUGGCUAGUGUGACAAGCCAAGCGGAGGUCAAGGCAGAAGACCUUUCCAGCCAAGAAACCAGGGAAUCUCAGGAGACCCUCCUGAAACUGGCACGAUAGAGCCAAGUAGACAUGGAGAGAAGAAUCUCUAGCUGAAUGGCUGGAAUUUGAGGUGCAGAAUUUGUUGAACAAGCCUUGUCACAGCAAGCACACGAGGUGGAACCAGAAGUGGAUUGACUUAUGACUGGAGUUUGUUGUGACUCUGUGGACCACGGUACAUUCAAUGGGAGUGACUUAUGGUCGUCUUGGACGUUUUGCUAGAGCAUUUCCUUGAUGCUUUGUAAAGUGAGCCUGCGCUAGUCCAAGUUGUGCAUUGGAAGAUUGACUAUACAUAAGUAUAAAUAUGUAUUCAGAACAGCAUUAUCCAGCCUUUUACAACUGCCAGUUGGUCCAUUUUAUCAUUAAUGGAAGUUAUGCUGCAAGUGGCAAUCUAUCAGUUGUUAAAAUAAUUACCCUGGCGUUUUGAUUUGUUGCAAUUUUCUUUUUAUGCUUGGUCACUGAGAUUUCUUAGGUUAUAAGACUCACUUAAUGCAUGCGAUGAGUAUUCAGUAUGACUAAACUGAGCCAUGUUCUGUGACCAUGUAACCCACUUUAAGUUAUACACCAGUGUAUUCACACGAGUAAAAUGUAUUUAAUUCUCCGUAGAGAAUGUAGCGUAAAGGAAAUGGUUUUUUUUUUUUUUUUUUUUUCCCCCCUUCUUUUGGUUUGGCAAUAACAUGUGGUUUGAAUUGUUUUGAAGGUACGGAGGAUGGAGUUGUCAGAAAAGGAGCCUUGUAUACCCUUGUGUCCCCCCGACAUGCUCACCUUUCCAUUCAUCAUCCUGCUCUGAAGAGCAGCAGCUUAUAGUAGUAGUUGGUUUUUAAGCUGACACAUCUGCAGUCUGCACUUUUAUGUGCUGAAGUACUCAAAAGAAUGUAUGGUACGCAACAUUUACUCUGUCCCUUAGUAGUAUGUUUAGUUGCUGCUGGUCAUAGGGCAAAAAUGCAUGCAUUGAUUGAGUACCUGAGGGCAGUUGCAGUAUGCAAGUCAGCAGCAUGACCACAUCUUGUGAGCAGCUAUAACUUGCCCCAUUAUGAUCAAGGAUGUAAAGGCAAACCAGAGUUGUUUGAAAGCACUUUGAAGUACUUUUCAUAAGACCCACCAUCGAGAAAUGGACUGAAAUAGAUAUUACAGCAUUACUGUUACUUGUUCAUCCUUUAACAUAUGGGGUUUUCAUGUUAAUACAUAGCAUUAAGUUUUGUAUGGUAUGUGGCUUUAAUACGUUUUUUUU